CGCUGCAAUCUACAGUCCUGUCACCGGCGCGCGAGAAAUAGCCCGACACCGACAGCCGUUUCGAAAAUAGACAAGACCGCUUUGACCCCCUUCCACCCCCUAUCUCCUCUCUUCUUCUUCUUCUCUCUCUCUCUCUCUCUCUCUCUCUCUCUCUCGAACGGCUACCGAGGUGUACCUCGCGCUAGUUCUGUGAGUCCGCAUCAAGUUUUUGACCUGGAAUAAAGACGCGCCGUCGGAAACUUGACAUAAGCGCAACGUACGUACACACAACCAGUUAACCGACUCGGAAAAGGGAAAGAGGAGAUUCAAAGACACAUUCUGGGUUUAUUCCCCAACAUACUGAGCAAUGAGUCGCAGCAUUGUGCGCCAGAGUAAGUUCCGGCAUGUUUUCGGCCAGGGGGCAAAAGCGGAGCAGGGUUAUGAUGAUAUUCGGGUAUCCAAGGUGACGUGGGACAGCUCCUUCUGUGCAGUUAACCCAAAGUUUCUGGCAGUUAUAGUGGAGUCCAGUGGUGGUGGGGCUUUUUUGGUACUGCCUCUUUCAAAUGCAGGCAGAGUGGACAAAAACUACCCCCUAGUGGUUGGACACUCAGGUCCUGUUCUGGACAUCGACUGGUGUCCUCACAAUGACAACAUUCUGGCCAGCUGCUCUGAAGACACAACUGCCAUGGUUUGGCAGAUCCCCGACCACACCCCCUGUCGCCCCAUCAGUGAGCCCAUCGUGGUGCUGGAGGGUCACUCUAAACGUGUGGGCAUCAUUAAAUGGCACCCGACUGCCCGCAACAUACUACUCACUGCAGGCAGUGAUAAUCUGAUCAUCAUCUGGAAUGUGGGCACUGGAGAACCUCUGAUCACUAUGGACGAGCAUCCUGACCUCAUCUACAACGUCAGCUGGAACUACAACGGCAGCCUCUUCUGCACCUCCUGCAAAGACCGUCGCAUCCGAGUGUGUGAUCCUCGCAAAAAUGAGGUGUUGGCGGAGCGACUGGCCCCACAUGAGGGCAUCCGGCCAAUGAGAGCAAUUUUUACCAGAGAGGGCAAUAUUUUCACUACAGGUUUCACCAGGAUGAGCCAGAGGGAACUGGGCCUGUGGGAUCCGACUCAUUUUGAAGAGCCUAUCGCAUUAUUGGAGUUGGACACAAGUAAUGGAGUCUUAUUGCCUUUUUAUGACCCAGACACCAACAUUGUGUAUCUCAGCGGCAAGGGUGACAGCAGCAUUCGGUAUUUUGAGAUCACAGAGGAACCUCCUUACGUUCAUUACAUCAGCACAUACAGUAGCAAAGAGCCACAGAGAGGAAUGGGCUUCAUGCCAAAGAGAGGAGUCGAUGUCACCAAGUGUGAGAUCGCCCGAUUAUAUAAACUUCAUGAAAGAAAGUGUGAGCCUAUCAUGAUGACAGUACCCAGAAAGUCGGACCUGUUUCAGGAUGAUCUGUACCCAGACACAGCAGGUCCAGAGCCAGCACUGGAGCCUGAGGAAUGGCUGGAGGGACGAGAUGCAGACCCGCUACUGGUGUCUAUGAGAGAAGGUUAUGUUCCUCCAAAGAGCAGAGAGCUGAAGGUGGCCAAGAAAAACAUGCUGGAGAGCAGGCCUGCAACAACACGCAGAAGCAUGUCUGUUGUAGAUGGAAGCAGUUUGCCAGGUCCCAGAGUCUGGAGGAAGAGAGGAGAGGCACAGAAUCCAUGUUGCUUGAAGUCCAGUGUGAAGUUUCCACAGUCAGUGAUGAUUUGGGCUGCCAUGUCAUCUGCUGGUGUUGGUCCACUGUGUUUUCUGAUUUCCAUAGUCAACGCAGCCAUCUACCAGGACAUUUUAGAGCACUUCAUGCUUCCUUCUGCUGACAAGCUUUAUGGAGAUGCUGAUUUCAUUUUCCAACAGGACAUGGCACCUGCCCACACUGCCAAAGGUACCAAAAGCUGGUUCAAUGACCAUGGUGGUACUGUGCUUGAUUGGCCAGCAAACCCGCCUGACCUGAUUGUCAAGAGGAAGAUGAGAGACACCAGACCCAACAAUGCAGAUGACCUGAAGGUCGCUAUCAAAGCAACCUGGGCUUCCAUUACACCUGAGCAGUGCCACAGGCUGAUUGCCUCCAUGCCACGCCACGCCACAUUGAUGCAGUAAUUCAUGCAAAAGGAGGCCCAACCAAAUAUUGAGUGCAUAGAAAUUAACAUACUUUUCAGAAGCCUGACAUUUCUGUUUAAAAUAUCCUUUUUUAUUGAUCUUAUGUAAUAUUCUAAUUUUCUGAGACACUGAAUUUUGGGUUUUCAUUAUCUGUAAGCCAUAAUCAUUAAAAUUUCAAGAAAUAAAGGCUUGAAAUAUUUCACUCAAUGUGUAAUGAAUCUAUAUAAUAUAUGGGUUUCACUUUCUGAAAUGAGUGACAAAAAUAUUGACCUUUUUCAUGAUAUUCUUUUUUAGAUGUACCUGUACAUAAUUAUUAGUGCUGUCAAUUGAUAAAAAUUUUGUCUGUUUAAUCACACAUUUUUCUGUGAUUAAUCGUGAUUAAUCGCACAUAACAUUAAUGUUUUUAAAUAUCUUUUUACAUUCUAAUAAUUUCACAUUUAAUCUUCAAAUGAAUGCAGAAACAACAUUUCUUUAACAGCAUCUCUCGCAGAAACUCUGAAUAUGGGACAGAAGAAGAACGAUUUACACACACACAGGCUGCUUCCGAAAUCGCAUACAUACUGAUUUCAGUAAGUACUUACUUAACAACGAGGGCUAAAAGGGUACGUACUGUUUUGCCUGAAUGGGUGUAGUAUGAAUGCGAUCCGGACGUUGUCCGCCAUAUUGACGUGGUCAUCAUGUGACAUUAUUCUUUUUCUUUUUAAUUGUGAGUGGCAACUUACGUUUGAGGUGCAUAUCCGGCUAUGUCAUAUCAAAGGGGCAUAAUAUCCAAAGGGACUUUUAUCCAAAGCGACUUUCAUUGCUUUAUACUAUACAUUUGUUUCUAAUUACUGUAUGUGCAAUCUCUGGGAUCGAACCCAUGACCUUCGUGUUGUUAGCACCAUGCUCUAACCACUGAGCUACAGGAAAGCUAUUUUAACAAUUACUUAAUAAUAAAUAUCAAUAUUUUAAUAUUUAAAAUGCAUGAAAGACGGAUUGACGUUGUUUGAUGGUAGAAUGAGCUGUAAAUGCAGUGAAUGCAUCUUGAGCACACUCAAUAAAACUGAGACGGCAAGUUCCGUGCUGUCUCUUUUCCGUCCAGUCAGGGUUGGCGCAUCAGCAAAUGCAGAAAUAUUAAUGAUCAUAAUGUAAGGAAAGUGGAACACAUAUGCCUGUUUUAGCUACAUUAAAUAUUGUAUAUGAACAGUUUGAUUAAUAGCCUACAUUCUUUAGUCUACAUUCCUACGCAAUUUUCCAAGUCCACGGUUUGUGGACCGCCUUCUGGGCCAUUCUUAGUUUAAGUAGACUAGUCGACUACACGGUUACAAAACUUUCGUUUAAACGACUGUCAAAUUAGUCGUUGCGCACAUCCCUAAUUUAGACAUGUAUAAUUAGUGUGAAUUGCGAUAUAUAUAUUAUAAUUCUGAUGUGCUGUCUGACAGAGAUUCUCUGACGCAGCCUUUAGCCCUUGACUUUAUACAUCAGACUGGACCUCUUUCGCGUUGCGUUUUGCUGCUUCCUAAAGCUAGAAGCUGUCUCUAUAUUUUUAACGCGUUAAUCCGGAAAAAAUUAAAGCGUAAAGUUAAAGCGUUACUGUUGCCAGCCCUAGUAAUUAUUAUACACAUAUAUUAUGUAAAUAAAAACCUUUAUUUUACUUUCAACUAGUCGCGACUUAACGUUGUACAGCCCUACCACGGCUGUAUAUACAGUAUAUAUGGGCCGUUCUAUAGAAUUUUUGCAAACUGCUUUCCCACAUAAAAAAAACAUAUUUAAAAAGCAUUCAAGUAUUCAGGUAUUCAAUUUUUACUAAGAUCCUUCUAUUCUCUAUAGAAACCCACAAUAAUUUUAAAAUAUCAGUAAGUUUAAUAUAUAUAAAAUCAUAAUUUAUUGGCUAUUUUCAAUUGUGAGAUGGCUGUACCGAACCCAAACGCCUAAAUUUCAACCACUUAUGUAAAUAUUAAAAUAAUUGUGGCUUUUUAUUUUCAUUUUGAUGUUUUUAAAAAACGGAUGUUCAAAAAAUAAUUAUUUUAUUUUUAAAUGAAUAAACUUUAUGUAAUGUCACUACAGAAACCAUGUUUGUUUUAGUCCAUUGGCUGAGACUGGUUUUAGCCACACCCCUACAUUUUUUAUCAAGAAUAAUUUAUGUGUCCCUCUCUCUAAUAGCUACAUGGUGAGUAGAUCAGUCUCAUUAAUUUGAAGUAAAUGUUUUCAGAAGUUUAAAAAUCUGUGUGUAACUUUAAGGAAUGUCACUACCAAACAUCUUUUUUCUGCAAUUAAGCAAACUUUUUUGGCCGUUAAUUGCAUAAAAUUUAGUUUUUUUGUGUGUACAUCUGUUCAGAACUGUGCUUGCUAACCAUGUGCUGAUUAGCAUCUUUGAGCUAGGCUCAAAAGUAUUAAAAAAUUGUCACUACCGAAACAGUCACGGCCGAAACGUAUCACUGAGUAUCAUUGUUUCAGUAGUGACUAAAAUGAACACUUAGGCCCAAUCCCAAUUCUAUUUUCUACCCCUUCGCCUACCCCUCACCCCUUGAAACAAAGUGGCAAGGGGAAGGAUUACAAAUUUUCCGCUAAGAAAUGGGACACCACUACUACACUGGUAUACGUCAUCAUACGUCGUUGCUAGCUCCUAACGUUACGUCAGAGGACAUGCGCCGAUGCACCGGGUAUAUGACAUAAAAAGAUAUUUUUUAAUAUCAUGCAAUCAGUGCUGUCCGCUAGCAAACUUUAGAGAUUUUUUUUGCAAACAUUAAUAGAACAUCACCGUAAAUACAGAUACAAGAUUGAAUGUAACAUACAUAAAAUGAAAAAUUGUCAUAUAAAUCCUUAUUAAUGGCAAAAAUUACUUACAUUUGGGUCUGCUUGCUCGAGUGAGCAGCCAUGUUGGAAAUUUCUCUUAGCCCUUCGUUUGAAGUGAGGUCCCGAAAAAUCUUCGUUUGAAGGGCUAUCUGGCCCUUCCCCUUACCCCUAUCCCUCCAACCAAAAGAGAAUUGAGACACCCCUUCACGCGCCAAACGGAGGGGUAGGGGGAAAAGUACGGUGUUAAGGGGUAGAAUUGGGAUUGGGCCUUAAUCUUUUAUUUGGGAAAAUAAACCGCUUUCCUGUGGCUCAGUGGUUAGAGCAUGGUGCUAGCAACACCAAGGUAAUGGGUUCAACUAAGAUGUUUUUAUAGUGUUUAUAUAGUCAUUAUAUAAAAUAAUGAAUCCUUCAUUUUGAAAUCAGUAUGAUCAAAUUUACGCCUUUUACAAAAGAAAUAUUGGAUUCAAAAUACUACAAAUCUCAUAUAUUACAUUUGAAAUUUUGUUAAAAUUGUCAAUUGAUAUUAUACAAUUUGCAUACAAAAAAAUCUUGGGAAUUUUUUUCAAGAUGUUUCUGCCUUUGACUCGAACUCUGACUUUUUUUGUUGAGCUUCACAUUGGAACAGAUGACCACACAUUCAGCACAUUUUCAACUUAAAGUGAUAGUUUAUGCACAAAUAAAAAUGGCCGUAUCUUCAGUUUUGUCAUUAAUUGACACUCAUGUCAUGUAAUGUAAAGCCUGUAAUACCUCUUUCUUCUGUGGAACACAAACAAAGAUAUUUUGAGAAAUGUCUCGGCGGCAGGAGGUAGGUUACAUCCCCUGCCCUAAACGUGUGUUUCCCAUUCAUUAGCUUACUUUUACGGUCUGUUUUGGAAAACGUGCGCACCAUCAGCGGAUCCCCGCAUAGUAAUAAUUAUUUUAUGUCUGACAACAGAAACAUUAAAUAUAUAAAUGAAUAUAAACAACAACGGCUUUAUUGGGCAUUCAGUUGUAUUAAAAUAUAGUAAUUUCAGAGAGUAAACGAAAGUACAGCGUGAUGACGUCACGAACAUGCUAAUUAUCACGUAACACCCCCUUGCACUAUUUGACGGGUAAUAAUAGAUUAUGACGAGCUUGUCCGUCAUUUUAAAAAGUCUAGCGCAACCUCUGGCUGACAGACAUGACCAUGUUGAUCCAGCAUCGUGAUUCCAACAAAUGUUUCACUUUCGUCACGUGACGCUCGCUGUUCUGUGCUGCGGGCUGCAAAUCAUGUUGUAAACAAAUAUGAACAAAGCUAAUGGGCAUAAAACCUCACACUGUACAGAUCAGACUAGCCUGACUUUAUAACUGUGGAGCUCGCGCUGUAUAAAGAGGAUGCGCAGUUUGUGCAGACCUGCCUGACUUUAUAACUGUAUAAAGAAAAUGCGUGUCUGUAUAAAGAAGAUGUGCCUCACUUUAUCACUCUUUUAUUGAAUAUAAUAUCAGAAUAACUGUGGAGCUCGCGGCGCGCUGUAUAAGGAGAAUGCGCAGUUUGCGCAGACCCGCCAGAUGUAUGUGUGGACAUCUGUUCAGAACUGUGCUUGCAAACCAUUUGCUGAUUAGCAUCUUUGAGCUAAACUCAAAAGUAUUCAAAAAUUGUCACUACCGAAACGUAUCACUGGGUAUCAUUGUUUCGGUAGUAAGAAAAAGAAACACUUAAUCCUUUAUUUAAAGGGAAAUAAACAAAACUCUGAACAGUUAUGCAAAUCACUAGUAUUUUAGUAUGUUUUAGUAGUGAUAUAGUAUGUGAGCUGUAGGUUUUCUAUUAGAUAUUUACUGUCAGAUGUGUGUCUGCUAUGUGCGGGCUGCGUAUGUGCAACAUAGUUAGUUAUUGGUAUUAGCAUAAAAUGUGAUAACAAAUAUACUUGGGUGGCCAUUAGGGCUGGGUGAUGUGUUUAAA